AUGGUAGUAGGCCACUUCCCGCUAUCUGGCAAAAUCUGCGUGGGCACAGGAGGCGGCAGUGGUAUAGGUCUGGCCUUCGUCAAGCUAGCCUUGGACUCUGGAGCCAAAUGUCUCAUCGCAGACAUCAGUCUGACCACGCAUGCUCAGCAAUUGGUAGACUUCAGCUCGGAAAUCGAGAGGCUAUUUGGUGAAGGUGCUGUCGCCGAUGUCUGGGUUCCUUCAGCUGGCAGUUUCGGGCCAAAGUGGUCGAGCUGGUUGAACGAUACCGAAGAUGAUGGGUACGCUACCAUGAAGAUCAACGCAGAGCAUCCGCUUAAGCUGUCACGUAUUGCGAUGCGAAGCCUGCUUGGUGCCAACAAGCCAGGUGUGAUUCUUUUGCUGUCCUCAAUGGCCGGAUUGCAGGGAGCGUAUUCGUGUCCAUUGUACGUCGCCUCGAAGCAUGCCGUCGUCGGCUUCGCAAAGUCGAUGGCGCAGGCCGAUGUGGAUCAGAACGUAAAGGUGGUUUGCGUGUGUCCUGGCAUCGUUGAUACGCCACUAUGGACGGGCGAUGCUGCGAAGGAGUACACGAUCACUAUGGCUUCUCACAAGAACGAAGUGUGA